CGCGCGGCAUCGUGAAAAGUGAACGAGGAAAAUCUAGGAAAUUGAGCAGGAAAUCUACCGUAAAAUGACGCUGGGUAAGAUGGGUUUAACGAAGCAGUACCUUUCGUACGUGCCGGAUACGAGUUUCAACAUCAUCGCUAGCGGUAGAGCCAACAUUUCCUUCGUCACCGUGAACGGCAUCGAUGGACGGUAUGUUAUGGUGGCCGCGGCCGAGAAGGUGAUCGUUUGGAACAUGAGAUUGGGCGAAAAGGUGGCCGAGUUUAAGCGCGAUAAGCAGGAAGUAACCUACCUACGGGCCAGCCCGGAUCAGAAACAUCUGGCCGUCGGGUUCGCGGACGGUGUGAUUGAAUUGUUCGAUUUCGCCAGCAAGGAGUCGGUGUGUAGCUUCGCUGCACAUCGUUCCGCAGUAAGCGCGAUCAAUUUCGAUCUACUGGGCUUGAAGCUAAUCUCCGGUGGACUCGAUAACGAUCUCGUGCUUUCGGAUGUGGUAGCACAUGAGGGCAAGUGUCGUCUGACUGGUCACACGGCUCCAAUCACUCAGGUGUGCUUCAUGCAACGGUACCAGGAUGUGGUUGUGUCGAGUUCAAAGGACACACAGAUCAAAUUUUGGAAUCUGGAAACCCAGUGCUGCUUCAAAACGAUCGUCGACCACCGGACGGAGGUGUGGGGUAUUGCGCUGAUGCGGAACGAUGACUUUCUGGUGUGCGGUACGGCCGAUACACAGCUGUCGGUCUAUCGGAUAGCACCCUGUACGGAGGAGGAACCGGCGCAACCGAUCAUCGAAGGCAGUACCGUCGCAGAGGAAAGUACCGUCAGUCCCUUUCGCUGUACCGCCGUCGGUAGCAUCCAGCGAGCGGGUCACGGCCGCACCAUCAAUCUAGUGGCAGACGUCAAUGGGCAGGUGCUUGGUUGCCAUGGCACGGACAAGAAAAUUGAACUUUUUUACUUCAGCACGAUGGAGGAGGCCAUGAAGAAGCUCACGAAGCGAAUGAAGAAACUGGACACUAAAAAUGCGAACGGGAAAGAGACGGCGAACCCAGAUGCCCGGCAGUUGGCACUGACGGAUGAAAUCAAACGACUACCAUCCAUCCCGACACCGGAAAAGGUGAAGUCUUUCGAUUUGCUGCUUGGCAGUCGCAACGAGUUGCGUGUUUGUUGUACAUUUUUGAAGAACUUUGUACAACUGUUUGCACUGGAUGUGAGCAAAAAACAAGCGGAACCGGUAACACUGCACUCCAUCACGAAGCAGGGCCAUGCGUCGGAAGUGCGAAGUGUAUCGUUCAGUUCGGACAGCUUAGCGAUCGCUUCGGGUAGCGCCGAAUCGCUGAAACUGUGGAGUCGAUCCACACAAGCCGUUCUACGGACCAUCCCAACGGACGGUGGGUACGUCGUGAGCACGUGCUUCGUGCCCGGUGAUCGCCACGUGCUAGUGGGACUAAAGACGGGCCAACUGCUGAUAGUGGACAUCGUGGCAGCUGAAGUGAUCGAACGUAUAGAGGCACACGAGAAGGAGCUCUGGAGCAUUGUGCUUACACCGGAUAAGCACGGUUGCGUUACGGGUGGCGGUGAUACUACAGUUAAGUUUUGGUCGUUCGAGCUAAUCGCCAGCCCCAAGCCGGAACAAAACGAAGCGAAAGUACUUUCGCUGUUGCACAAAAACACCCUGAAGCUAGAGGAAACGGUUCUCUGUGUGCGCUUGUCGCAGAACAACAAGUACAUUGCGGUCGCACUGCUCGACACGACGGUCAAAAUUUUCUUCCUCGAUAGUCUCAAGUUCUAUCUGUCGCUGUACGGCCACAAGCUGCCGGUACUGACGAUGGACAUUUCGUACGAUUCCAACAUCAUCGUGACCGGGUCCGCCGACCGAACGAUCAAGAUUUGGGGCAUGGAUUUUGGUGAUUGCCAUCGGUCACUGUUGGCGCACGAUAAUUCCGUUACAUCGCUCCAGUUCGUACCGAAGACACAUCUGUUCUUCUCGUGCGGCAGGGAUGGUAAGGUGAAGCAAUGGGACGCGGACAUCUUCCAGAAGAUUAUCACUUUGCCAGGACAUCUGGGAGAGGCGUACAAUCUGGCCGUCAGCCCGAACGGACGGUACGUCGUGAGCUGCGGAUCAGAUCGAACACUGCGUCUCUUCGAGCGUACCGAUGAACCGCUCGUCUUGCAAGACGUCCAGGAGGAAGAACGGGAAGAGAUGGAAAAUGCGACGCUAGCCACUGGUGAAGACUCUAGCGUUCCCGGACUACCGGGGCUUAGGCUUGCUUCGAAGAAAACGAUCGGUGCCGAAAAAGGGGCGGAAAACAUCCUCGAGUGCCUGGAGGUGUCGAAGCAGUACGAAGCCGAGGGCAGCAAAGGCCCUCUGCCACCGCUGAUGUUCGCUUUCUCGGCCACCGAUACGCAGGAGUUUCUGCUCAGCGUUCUGGGCCGUAUUCGAGCCAGUGACCUAGAGGAAUCGCUGCUACUGCUUCCGUUUAGUGCCGUUUGUGAGCUGCUCGAGCGUAUCCCACAGCUCACGACAAGCCGACGCGACCAGACCGAGCUGAUCUGUAAGGUGGUUCUGUUUCUGUUCCGUGUGCAUCAAAAACCGAUCGUCAACAAUCAGGUGCUGCUACCGGUUAUCCAGGACAUCAUUAGCACGCUGCAAGGUGCGAUUGGGGAGCUUCGCGAUAUGGUCGGUACGAAUCUGUACGCUUCGCAGAUGUUACAGCGCGAGGUGGAAGCCAACGAAGGUUGUGCACUGUUUCGCGAUGCCACCAAGCACCGCCAGCAACGAGAACGUCGACGUCGUAAGCGGGAAGCGGCCAAACGCACCUUCGUUCAGAUUACUAAGUAGUUCACGCAUCGUACCCAGAAUAGGUUUACGAUUUGAAGUAAAAUGUAUUUUGUUUCGUCAUGUUCUUUUUUUUCCCGCAAUACAUACUUGCAAAUGCAUA